AUGGAUAAGAAGCUGGAUAUCUUCAGGAGGGAGUUAGUAGAUGUUCAAGGUAUCCCUCUCUUCUGGAGCAUUGCUGAGCAGUGGGUCCAAGUGGAGUCAUUUGAGGCCCGACCCGAUGACCUUUUGAUCUCCACCUAUCCAAAAUCUGGGACAACCUGGAUCAGUGAAAUUUUGGAUUUGAUCUAUAACAAUGGGGAUGCAGAGAAGUGUAAACGGGAUGCAAUCUACAAACGAGUGCCUUUUAUGGAACUUAUAAUUCCUGGAUUGUCAAAUGGUGUUGAACUGUUGAAAAACAUGCAGUCUCCUCGACUGGUAAAAACUCAUCUACCUGUUCAACUUCUUCCUUCUUCAUUUUGGAAAAAUGACUGCAAGAUGGUCUAUGUGGCACGGAAUGCCAAAGAUGUGGCUGUUUCUUACUACUACUUCUACCAAAUGGCAAAAAUGCAUCCAGAGCCUGGCACCUGGGAGGAAUUCCUUGAAAAAUUCAUGGCUGGGCAAGUGGGUUUUGGCUCCUGGUAUGACCAUGUGAAGGGCUGGUGGGAGAAAAGAAAAGAUUACCGUAUCCUUUAUCUGUUUUAUGAAGAUAUGAAAGAAGAUCCAAAGUGUGAAAUUCAAAAAUUAUUAAAGUUUCUGGAGAAAGACAUGCCAGAAGAAAUUGUAAAUAAAAUCCUUUACCAUAGUUCUUUUGGUGUAAUGAAGGAGAAUCCCACUGCAAAUUACACCACUAUGACAAAAGAGGAGAUGGACCAUUCUGUGUCUCCAUUCAUGAGAAAAGGCAUUUCAGGUGACUGGAAGAAUCAGUUCACUGUAGCCCAGUAUGAGAAAUUUGAAGAAGAUUAUGUCGAGAAAAUGAAAGAGUCAACACUUAAGUUUAGAUCAGAGAUCUAG